GACUCGUUUGCCCUUACACCAUCUCCUGGUGACACCAAAGCUGAUUCCCCAUCCACUCCCUUCUCCCGCCACAAUCUCCCAAAACCAAGAAACUUGGGCGCCACGCCCAAAAUCGACUGCUUGUCGGUCAAUCCCAAGCGCAGACAAACGACCAACUUUCUCGACACAGAUUGACUACAUUUCAUUCACACUUCUUGCUUCCUUUUCUCUCGCCUCCUCGUCACACAACCACCCAUCCUUGACCGCUCCUCUCCCCCGUCCUUCGUUAAGCCCACACCUUCCCCUCACAUCACCUUCUCAUGCCUCAACUCGACUAAGGGUAGCCAUAUAACCAAGGCCCUCUGGCAGAAUCUCUUUUUCACCAUGGCUCUUUCCGGUCUGAGGAAUGAGCUCAAGUCUCAAGGCGCCGUCGAGGCUGCUCAAGAUCCAAACAGUUCCGUAACCGCCGAAGACGCCCAGAAUGUCAUCUUAAAAGAGAGCCAAAAGGCCGGCUCAACCGCCCUGCAUUUCGAUCCCAAUGCCUCGCCAGAGGAAAAGGCCGCGCAAGCACGUUCGCAACAAAAUAAUACUAAGCGGCCAGCAAAGGGUGUUGGCAUAGCUACUGACUUGGAUGACGGAAAACCAGACGACUACGACCUUCCUCCACCCCAGUCUGCCGCAGCCGCUGAAGCCGCAAGUAAAGCUCCAGAUAGCGCCGCAACCGAAAAUGGAGUCCCCUCAGAGGAAGUGGAGCAAUGGUCUAAACUGGGCUGGGCUCCUCGCUUCGGCACCGGUGAGACUGCAGAAGAUAAAGAGGAAAGAACCCUUCUCGACCAUCAGACCUUCAUCGAGGGCAAGUUGGAUGAGAAAUUCUUUGGUGAUUGGUACCACAACACCGCCGUCAUCAUCUUCGCCUGUCUUUCGUCAUGGCUUGUUGCCACGUUGGGAGGUGGCCUGGGAUGGAUCUUUCUUAUAAUGGCCACCUGUGGCACCUACUAUCGCACCAGUGUCAGACGAGUCAGGCGGAAUUUCAGAGACGACAUUACUCGAGAACUCGCCAAAGCCCGGCUAGAAACCGACACCGAGAGCCUUGAAUGGAUGAACAGCUUUCUGGUCAAGUUCUGGCCCAUCUAUGCUCCACAACUUGCCAAAGGUAUCGUUCAGUCUGUGGACCAGGUUCUCAGCACGUCGACACCCGCUUUUCUGGACAGUAUGCGUCUGGAGACCUUCAUCCUAGGUACCAAACCUCCACGCAUGGACCACGUCAAGACCUAUCCCAAAUCAGAAGACGAUAUUGUCAUGAUGGAUUGGAAAUUCAGCUUCACCCCGACCGAUACCAUGGACAUGACUGCUCGACAACUAAAGACCAAGAUCAACCCCAAAGUCGUCCUUGAGAUCCGAAUUGGCAAGGGUGUUGUGAGCAAGGCCAUGAAAGUCAUCGUCGAGGACUUUGAGUUUUCCGGCCUGAUGCGUGUUCGAAUGAAGCUACAAAUCCCCUUCCCUCACAUUGACCGAGUCGACAUCUGCUUCCUAGGCAGACCAACCAUCGAUUAUGUCUGCAAACCUCUAGGUGGAGAGACAUUUGGGUUUGACAUCAAUUUCAUUCCCGGCCUGGAAACCUUCAUCAAAGAACAAAUCCACGGGAACCUAGCCCCCAUCAUGUACGAUCCAAACGUCUUUCCCAUCGAAGUUGCCAAGAUGCUGUCGGGGAAUCCCAUCGAUAUGGCUAUUGGCGUUGUUGCAAUCUCCUUGCACAGCGCUCACGGCCUGAAGAACCCCGACAAGUUCUCGGGCACUCCCGAUCCCUACGCCGUUGUCUCUCUGAAUGGAGGCAAAGAACUUGGACGAACCAAAACUGUCUCCGGAGAUGCCAACCCUCGUUGGAAUCAGACCUUGUAUAUCAUCGUCACAAACUAUACCGAUGCUCUAACCAUCCAGGUGUACGACUACAAUGAUGUUCGCAAAGAUAAGAACCUCGGCACCGCAACAUUUCCUUUGGACAAACUUGAGUUUGCCAACGAACAUGAACAUGUCAAUCUCGAGGUCCUGGCAAAUGGCAAAUCGCGAGGUGUUGUCCUGUGCGACGUCCGCUUCUUUCCCGUCCUCGAACCCGAAAGACUCGAGGGCGGAGAAAUCCUUCCGCCACCAGAAUCCAACACCGGUAUUGCGAGGAUCACCAUCGAACAAGCCAAAGAUUUGGAUGGCAGCAGGAGCAUGGUCGGCAAUCUGGAUCCGUAUGCGGUACUCUUACUCAAUGGCAAGGAAAUUCAUAUCACGAAUAAGCUUAAGCACACCAACAAUCCAGUCUUCUCCGACAAUACGAAAUCUGUUCUCAUCACCGACCGGAGGAAGGCUCGGGUGGGGUUGGUCAUCAAAGAUGACCGUGACCUUACGAGAGAUCCCGUCCUUGCAACUUAUCAAAUCAAGCUGGACGACAUGCUCAAAUUGAUGGAGAGAGGUCAGGAAUGGUUCAAUCUCCACGGAACCCCGAAAGGCAAGGCUAAGCUUUCCCUCGACUGGAAGCCGGUCGCUUUGAAAGGUGCUGUUGGGUCUGGAGGCUACGUGACGCCUAUUGGCGUCAUGCGCAUCCAUCUCAAAGGAGCCAGCAACCUUCGUAACUUCGAGACAAUGGGCAAAUCAGACCCAUAUGUCAAAGUCCUUCUUUCAGGUAUUCCCAAAGGACGAACUGUGACCUUUCAGAACGAUCUCAACCCUCGAUGGGACGAAGUCAUCUACGUGCCUAUGCAUGCACCAUCUGAACGAUUGGUGCUUGAAGUCAUGGACGAGGAGAAACUUGGCAAGGACCGCUCUUUGGGCCUUGUGCAAAUUAGUGCUUCGGAGUACAUUAUCGAGAGUGAAGAGGGCGGCUAUGAGGUGCGCGAUGACAAAGAGGAUUUCAAUACGGGGCUUCGCUUGGGCGGCGUUGGGGAGGCGAAAGGCACUCUCAAUUACACCAUCUCCUUCUUCCCAACAUUGAAUGUGGCCGACCCUGAGGAGGAAGAGGAGGAUCGAAAGGCCCAGGAGGAGAUCGAGGCUGUUAGCGGUCAAGCUGCGACCAACCCUGGCACUCCGACUCACAGCAAGAAGCCUUCUGUCGAUGUCAAACCGUCUCCCGAUCUCGCCAGAACAAGUGUGGAUAUCCGAAAGAGCGUGGACACGGCCGGAAGACUCCCUUCUCUGAACGGCUCCCCAUCUGUCGACAACUCUAUGCUGUCGGUUAAGAAGCAGGCGCCAAAGGUCAAAAUUACCCCCGAGGACCUGGGAAAAUACGAAUCGGGUUUGAUUGUGUUCAAUAUCGUGGAGGGAAACUUUUCCCAGGCAGGAGGUCGACUUGAAAUCUUGGUUGAUGAUCAGCUGUUCCCGAGCUACGUAUCGUCCAGGAUCAAAACGCGAGACCACCAUUUUGGAGAGACGGGUGACGCGAUGGUGCGUGAGAUCGACAUGUCUCGUUUGACAUUGCGCAUCGUCGAAAAGAACGAAAAGGAUGGGAAGCAGAACGAAGACGACGUGAUUGCGAAAUUGACUGGUGGGACCUUGCAAACUUUGCAGCAGUGUCUGUACAAACCGACGGCGCUUACGCUGAAAAGCGACAAGGGAAUGAACAAGGUCGUGUUUGAGUUGAAGUACUUGCCGGUGAAGAUGCAGCUUGAUCCAAGCGAAAGCAUCAACAACAUGGGAACACUCCGAGUGGAUGUCCUCGAUGCUGCGGACCUUCCGUCAGCUGAUCGCAACGGCUUCAGUGACCCCUACUGCAAAUUCAAGCUGAACGGGAAGGACGUUUACAAGACCAAAACGCAGAAGAAAACCUUACAUCCAGCCUGGAACGAGUUCUUUGAGACACCAGUUCCUUCUCGGACGGCGGCGGAAUUCAAGGUCGACGUCUAUGAUUGGGAUUUUGGUGACAAGGCUGACUGGCUUGGUUCUGCCGUCAUCAACCUAUCUGUCCUCGAACCAUUUCAGCCACAAGAGCUCACGUAUCAGCUGGAUGGGAAGUCUGGGGCUAUUCGACUCAAGAUGUUGUUCAAGCCUGACUAUAUCACGCGGUCUCGUCAAGGAACUUCGACGUUCUCUGGGACUUUUGCUCCUGCAGGUAAAGUGAUUGGCGCUCCUGUCAAGGGGGUGGGCAAGGUCGGAGGAGGAGUGGUUAAAGGAGCAUCCUUUAUCAAGAGAGGUAUCUUGGGACGCGUCAGCGGCAAAUCCGACACAGCAGACGGAGUGAACGGGUCUCUGACCGCCGCAGACCCAGAGGAGGACGAGGACCCGGUCAUGUCGACGCCAAGUAAAGGGGACGCAGCAGCUAGAGACAGAGACUCGCCUGCAACGCCACUUUCACACUCGCGCACAAAGAGUAACCAGUCAACCAUUGCGACAGACGCUGCUGCCAAGGUUGGGGAGAUGGGAACGGCGAGCUUCAUCAUCGUCUCUGCAAGCGGCUACCCGGCCAAGGCGGACGUGCAAGUUCACAUCAAGCAAGCGGGAGCCAAAGGCAAAGAACUAUUCAAGACCAAAGCGAUCAAAUCAAGCACGGGAACGGUGGAAUAUGACGAAAACCAAGAGAACUUCAAGGUGACAACGACAGCAGAUGCGCAAUUCCAAUUGUUGGUGAAGGAUCAUGACACGUUCCGAUCCAAGGAUCUGGGAGAGGCGCUAUUCUUUGUGUCAGACCAAGGAAGUGGUUCAGAGCAGAUGGUCAAGGCAGGUUCCGGCAGCGUCCUUUUGCGCAGCAGCUUCACACCUCAGGCGCCAGGGUAUGCGGAAAGCUUGAGACCGACGACAAGUGGUCGUGACAGCCCUGACUCGAGGCGGGAGGGACGUCGAAGCUUCUUCGGCCGCCGAGAUGUCAGCGGGAAACACGAGGCACAAUAGUGGGGGACCUCGCGUGACACAGGGACGGGGCGACGAGGAACUGUGGCGGGCAGUGGCAGGGGUAGGGCGGGUUUGAACAUAUGACUGUUUCCGCCGGGCAGUCUUGUGGGGUCAGCGAUGGAACCCAGCCAACAGGAUAUAAUUACUCGUUCACCUGGCCGAGGUCUGAAGAGGUCUGAGGAAGCAGGAAAAGGGAGCAAGACGAGCCGGGAAAAUGAUCACGGCCAAAAAUGGGAGGCGUAUUUGCUGCUAGUGUGAGCUUGAUCUAAUGAGCGUCGAGUCGUUGCUCGACCUCGGUGGUAAUUUUUGACGCGAUGAUACCACAUGGGCCUUUGAAUUUAAUAUCUACUUAGCAAAAUUAGGUGAUGAGUGGCACAGUUCACCGUUGAGACUGAGGCAUGGUGUGUGUUUUGACAGAUAUGAAAAGAG